AUGAGCUUGGUUUCAGAGUCAGACCUCAGCCGUGCGGCGCGUUAUGCCGUACCUUUUGCCCUUCUCCUGAUCCCCGUCUGGCGCACCAAAGUCAACACCGAAGUUCCCGAACCCUACCUGGACGAAGUGUUCCAUGUCCCUCAAGCCCAGGCCUAUUGGGCGCAUAAAUGGACGCAAUGGGACCCUAAGCUGACCACUCCACCGGGACUAUAUCUGUGGUCUUACGGGCUCUGCGCCCUUCUCCUGGCACUCCGCGGUUCGCCAACGAAGCUCGGCACCGAAGCUCUUCGCACGACGAACGCUGUGACGAACGGAGUCUUUCUGCCCUGGAGGCUUCAGACUUUGUCGGAUGCUAUUCACAAAGUUCGCAAUGAACGUCCGCUGGGUGCGUGGCUGAGCCACACUGUCCUGAAUAUCUGCCUGUUCCCACCACUCUUCUUCUUUUCUGGGCUAUAUUAUACCGACAUCUUGGCACUCCUGGCCGUGAUUGAGGCUUAUAACUGGGACUUGAAGAGGAGUUCGACAAAAGGCUCUUCUGUCUUUGCUACGCUCGGCUUUCUGCUGUUUGGUCUGGCAGCAUUGGUCUGUCGGCAGACAAACAUCUUCUGGGUAUCCGUCUUCCUUGGAGGGCUGCAGGGAGUCAGAAGAAUCAAACAAGUCUCCAAAGCCUGUGGGGCAUCAAGCCUCCCCGCAAUUGUGCAAGGUGGACUGCGGAAUGAGAUCUAUGAUCCACCGGUUUCCGAGGCCUCUCUGCAAGAUUACUUCAAAACCGCCGUCUCAUUUGCAGCUGUGGCUGUGAGGAAUCCUAUCUCAACGAUCACCUCGGUGCUUCCUCACCUCAUCAUCCUCGGGGCUUUUGGUGUGCUUGUGCUGUGGAAUGGCGGCGUCGUCCUAGGUCAUAAGGAAUAUCAUACCGCAGAGAUUCACCUCGCACAGAUGCUUUAUAUCUGGCCCUACUUUGCUUUCUUUUCGUGGCCGAUUUUGAUCGCCCCUCUUCUGAACAUCAUUCUCCCAAAGAAGUUUCUGCCAAAGUAUGUGGACUAUGGCCUUCCAGAAAACCAGAAAAAGCUACCGAGUCUAUUCGCUGUCUUGCUCAUCGUGCCCGCGAUGCUUGCUAUUGUCCAUUUCAACACCAUCGUGCAUCCGUUCACAUUAGCCGACAACCGCCACUACGUCUUCUAUGCAUUCCGCAUUCUUCUUCGGAUUCAUCCCGCAAUCAAGUAUGUUGCUGUCUUGGUUUACUUUCUUUGUGGCUGGGCCGUAAUCUCAGCUCUCGGAUUCUCUGUCUUGCCGCUUCCGCCGCGUCUACUUCAGAUUCCAUCCAACAUGAAGCCAACAUCAUCCACGGACCAGCCACAGCCAGCAGUAGAGCAGAGAGGCAAAGAAGUGAAAAGGAAUGUCAAAUCACGCAAGACCGCAACUAAACAGGAGAGCCCCAAGCCAAGCCAGCCCAACCCUAUCACUCCGGAAGUAUUGGCUCGUGUUCAACAGUCCCUCAUCCAGCGGCAGAAGCACCAGGCUGACGUACCUCGCGUCAGCUUUGUACUGGUCUUGCUCGCUGCAACCACCUUAUCUCUUGUAACGGCGCCUUUGGUCGAGCCGCGAUACUUUAUCAUUCCUUGGGUCAUUUGGCGCUUACACCUGCCCGCGUCAGUCCUCGCGGCGUUCAGGCAGCGCAGGCCUCGAGACGACGAGGAAAGGACUCGUGCGGACCUUGCCAUGAAUGCACCAAGGUUCUUGGAGACUAUCUGGUUUGUCAUCGUCAAUAUGGUGACGGGCUACGUCUUUUUGUACAAAGGAUUUGAGUGGCCGCAAGAACCAGGCAAGGUCCAACGCUUCAUGUGGUAG